GUUGUUCUUGGUGCGAGACAGUCACACGAUCCCUGGAGCUUAUGUGAUGUCCUUGGCUCACAACCAGAAGGUUAAGCAUCUACACAUCACAUCCGUAAAACACAACGACACGGUGUUCUACACGGUCGACAACGGCUCGACCAAGUUCCACGACCUGAUCCAGCUGAUUGAAUUCUACCAGGCCAAUCAGGGGUGCUUGCCGACCAAACUCACACACCACGUCACCGUGCUGCUCUGAUGUGCUGCGCACUGCUUGCCUUCACUGACCCCCUCCCACUUCCCACUAGCCUCUCUCUCUCUCUCUCUCUCUCUCUCACCCCUCCCCCUCCCCUCCACUACCUCGCCACCCUCUGUUGUUACCUCUACCCACCCCUUUAUAGCCUGCCCACCAGCCUCUUUAUCGCCCUUCUUUAUCUUUUUACUACCUCGCCACCCUCUGUUAUCUCUCCCCAUCCUUCACUGUCCACCAGCCUCGGUUACCUCUCUUCCUGUCCCACCCCCACAACACCUUCCAACCCCAAUACACUCCACACAGUGGUUCCCUCGUGCCUCCAACCUCAACCUACCAGUUUCUCUCACCAUCAUACAACAGCCUCUCUCAGUCACGCCUGUCUCCGCCACGGACAUGGGUCCAUUAAAGCUCCCGUGCGUCUCAUCUGAGCCGGACUUUUGGGUUUCAUCUGAAAACACGACGGCCGUGCACGGUGGAGGCCUCUAGUGGAGGGAAGCAGCAGUGAGCGUAUCGCGCACUGGUUGCUGGCGGCAUGCCUUUGCCAUCUCGUGCAUUUUUUUAAAGCGCAUUGUUUCUUAUUAUACGUGUCGAAGGUAAUAUACCAAAAGUGCUCUCUCUUUCUCUGUCGGUGUGUUUUAUUAGAUGGGCAGCCGUCAGGGUGGGCCGGGCAGCUGCGGUUACCUAUGUAUGUCGCACUGUUCUGCAGCCCAGUCGAUUUCUGGAGCGAUUCUGUGAGAAUCAUCGCUGCAGCAACUUUGCACACGUCGAUGGACCUUCUCCGUCAUCUUGCCCGUCAAUGGCUCGUAACUUCUCGGCAAACGUUAAAUUCUCGUCCGAUUUUACGACGCGACAGAGUUGUCACUGUUAUCGUUUGUGGAAGGCGGCGCCACCUGAUGGCGGAAAGCGGUAUGACGUGUGUAUGCGCAUGUGGGCCGCUCGUGGACUAGAUGAAAACCGUGAAUUUCUGGGCAAAAUGUUCGACAGCGGAGGGGUCGUCGCAAUAAAUAGGUAGUCUCUUCGAUAAUCUGAUGUGCCGCAAUUUACUCUGAUGUAAAUUGGGAAGCGGCAGGGCGACCGUUUAGCCCAGCUGUUUGUGUGAAUGCGCUUUCGCGUGCGACACGCGCGUCUGUUUAUAGCUGGAAACCAUGUGACGGGGUCUGUACACAGUGUGAAGUUCUUGUGUUUUACUCGUAGCCGGAUGGCGUUGCAGUCGAUGGGCUCGGCGCACGUGCAGAUGGAAAUGCGAUGUGUUUCGGCAAUCGCCUCUCGUAUCAUAUCGUGAGACAAAUAUUGCUGAUUACCUGUCAGCAAUUUUUAAUGAACCGACCCCACUUUUCGUUGGGGGACGCUGGAUUCGAAAAUUGAAUUAAGAAAUGAUGAUGAUUUAAAGUGUGGCCUCAUUGUGAGGUGGUUGCUUUAUUGCAAAUGAAA